ACGCUUCUUAAAUUUAGCAAUGCACGCCACCCCUCGUCCAUCCGCUUCCUCCAUUCCACGCCAUCCCCUCCCCUCGCACCAGCCCUCCGCCACCGGCCCGUUCGUCUGCUCGGCGGUGGCGCCCUCUGUCCCCACCGACCCGACCCCGUGGGGGCACGCCUCCUUCUCCUCCUUCAUCUUGCCCUCUUCUCUCCGGCCGUUUGAAGCCCAAGGGAGGAGCGCGACGCUCCUCCAUAUUGGAUCGAUUAGAUGAACUCCAGGUCAUACAACAAGCUGUCUGGUGCAAAUGACAAGAUGGAUUCCAAUACCCAAGCGAAUAGCCAUUCUAACAGUGCCUCGGAGCGCAACCAACCCGGCCUGUCAACAAAUCCAUCUGCGGCCUCCAAACCAGAAGUGCAUUCGCAUAUCCCUUCUGACAAGAAAUCAAAACACAAGAUGUCUGAUCCAGCUGACAAAAAUAUCCCAAGUCAUGCGACAAAUCAUGCAGCAAAUCCUGUGCCAGCAAUGGUAUCUGAAGCAGGUGCCACACCAAUGGAAGCAUCAGGAAAAGGUGACAAGACUGUUCGUCGAGGCAGCUUUGACACUUCUAGGAGUAACAGCUUGGAUAGCUCCAGUACCGGACAUAUCAAGCGGCAUACUGGGAGCGAUGGCAGGUGGGAGGCCAUCCAAUUGGCCACCUGCAGGGACCCACCUCUCAGCCUACUCCACUUCAGGCUUCUGAAGCGCCUUGGCUAUGGAGAUAUUGGCAGUGUUUACCUUGUGGAACUCAGGGGGACACAAACUUUUUUUGCCAUGAAAGUGAUGGACAAGGAGUCGCUCAUCAACAGGAACAAGUUGGCACGGGCAGAGACUGAGAGGGAAAUCCUUGGUCUUCUCGAUCACCCCUUUCUACCCACAUUGUACUCUCACUUUGAGACCGAUAAGUUGUACUGCCUUGUCAUGGAAUAUUGCUGUGGUGGCAACCUGCAUUCUCUUCGGCAGCAGCAACCUAACAGACAUUUCAAUGAACAAUCAGCCAGAUUUUACGCCUCCGAGGUGUUGCUUGCACUUGAGUACCUCCACAUGCUAGGCAUUGUCUACAGAGACUUGAAACCCGAAAAUGUCCUGGUCCGAGAUGGGGGGCACAUUAUGCUGUCUGACUUUGACCUAUCACUGCGGUGUUCUGUCAGCCCAAUGCUAGUCAAAUCCUCAUCGGUCCAUGCAGGUGCCAAUGGUGUUGAGAAAAGCCUAGUCCACACUGCGGGUGCCAGCCAAGGCUGCAUGCAGCCAUCAGCAUUCUUCCCACGCAUGCUCUCCAAGAAGAGCCGCAAGACCAAAUCAGACUUCAGUGUCAAUGGAUCAUUCGUGGAGUUCAAUGCCGAGCCGACAGAUGCACGGUCUAUGUCAUUUGUUGGGACGCAUGAGUACCUUGCACCGGAAAUCAUCAGAGGAGAAGGCCAUGGCAGCGCUGUGGACUGGUGGACCUUUGGCAUCUUCUUGUAUGAGCUGCUACAUGGCAUGACGCCGUUCAAGGGGAGUAGCAACCGUGCCACGCUCUGCAAUGUGGUGGAGCAGCCACUACGUUUCCCUGACAGCCCACCUGUGAGCAAUGUGGCACGAGACCUCAUCCGUGGGCUUCUGGUGAAGGACCCUCUGAAGAGAAUUGCAACCAAGAGGGGUGCCUCUGAAAUCAAGCAGCACCCGUUCUUUGAGGGGGUGAACUGGGCACUUGUGAGGGGUGCUCAUCCACCUUCUGUCCCUGACCCUGUAGACUUCAGUCAGUUCAGAUCUAAGGAGAAGAUGGCGACGGAGAGAACAGUGGCGGCUGCUCCGAGUAGUUUACCAGCUGGUGUUGCAGCCGCCAAUUCUUCCGCCAAUUUUCAGUAUUUCUAGGUCUGUACCCUGUCGAGUUCGGGUAUUCGUAGGACUGAACACCGUAGAUACAGAUGUCUGUAUUGUUGUUAUUCCUCUCCAUCUUUACUUUUGUAUAUGCUGUUCUCGUGCCAUAAUGUGAACACCAUGAGUACAGGAAA